AUGUCAAGAACUGCAUCCAAAAGCUGUGAGUUGAAGAAAGAAGGUGCAGAGUGUAAAAAAGAGAAGAUACCAAGGAAAGAGAACAUGGACAAGUACAAAAAGAUGCAGUGUUGGAUGAUCUUGAAGAGGUUGAUGGUAGGAAGAGAUGAUUGGACUUUCAAACAAAUUGAUGUCAAGGUCUUAGAGUUUCUUGAUAACCCUGAGGCUAUAUUCGAGCCAAUAGAUUUGAAGAAUAUUGAGUACGAAUUGAACAAAUGUUUGUACUCAGCACAUGAAGAAUUUGUAGAUGAUAUGAGACUUGUAUUCUCUUAUGUGUUGCUAUACCCUUCGAGGAGUGAGAUUCACAGGAUUUUUUGA